AUGGAUAGCACCUGGCUCCUAUGUUAUAUGUACAUACACGCGACAGGAGAGAAGAACAUAACACUCUUCUCGAGAUCAGACAUGGAUUCGAGGAUAGCUUUCUCUUGCUGUGCUCUGCUACUGGUGGUCACACUGUUGCCUCUUUCCGCAAAUGCGUCGAGCAAACUCCACAUAGUGUACAUGGGGGAGAAGAAACAUGACGAUCCAUCUGCUGUCACGGCGUCACACCAUGACAUACUAACCUCCGUUCUUGGGAGCAAAGAUGAAUCCUUGAAGUCGAUAGUUUACAGUUACAAACACGGAUUCUCUGGGUUUGCGGCAAUGCUCACCAAAACCCAAGCUAGGACGUUGGCAAAAUUUCCUGAAGUUAUAAGUGUGAAGCCUAACACUUACCACAAGGCGCACACAACUCGAAGCUGGGACUUCCUUGGCCUUGGACACAACAAAUCACCACAACAAACUGACCUCCUCCGAAAAGCGAAUUACGGUGAAGAUAUCAUCAUCGGGGUGAUCGAUUCAGGCAUAUGGCCUGAAUCACGAAGCUUUGAUGACAACGGAUACGGCCCUGUGCAGGCACGGUGGAAAGGCAUAUGCCAGACCGGAACAGCGUUCAAUGCAACGAGUUGCAAUAGAAAGAUCAUCGGCGCACGGUGGUACUCCGAGGGAAUUAAUGCCAUGCACCUCAAGGGUGAGUACAUGUCACCUCGGGAUUUCAGCGGCCAUGGCACUCAUGUUGCCUCGACGAUUGCCGGAGGAGAAGUGCAGGGUGUGAGCUAUGCCGGCCUAGCCACCGGCAUGGCACGUGGCGGGGCACCACGUGCACGGCUAGCAAUUUACAAGGUGUUAUGGGGCCCGAACACAGCAGCUAGUGACGCGAGCAUCCUCGCAGCCAUUGACGAUGCCAUACACGAUGGUGUAGAUGUCUUAUCGCUCUCACUGGGAGGGGGUGCCGGUCAUGAGUUCCCUGGGACACUUCAUGCUGUCUUGAGAGGGAUCUCAGUUAUCUUCUCUGCCGGGAAUGAUGGCCCGGCACCACAAACGGUGACGAAUGUCGCGCCAUGGGUCACGACAGUGGCCGCUAGCACGAUGGACCGGGCCUUCCCAACCUUCAUAUCUCUCGGAAACAAAGAAAAGCUUGUGGGACAAUCUCUUUACUACAACUCUACUCUGAACAACGACGACUUUAAGGAGCUUGUUCAUGCGGGAAGUUGCACGGAGGAGUGGUUAGCGUCAAGCAAUGUGACCGGCAAGAUCGUGUUGUGCUAUGCACCGAGGGAGGCUCCGAGCAUGUUGCCUCGGGUAGAGCUACCCCGCACCAUCAACCGUACCGUGAGUGCCGGAGCCAAGGGCCUCAUCUUCGCGCAAUACAACAUGAACAGCUUGGACUCCCUGACGGCGUGCAAGGCCGGCAUGCCAUGCGUUCUGGUAGACUACGAAAUCGCACAGAAAAUUGCAUCUUACUGGGAGAACACAGAGAAUCCCAUUGUGAAGGUGUCACCUACCAUGACUGUUGUCGGAGACGGGGUGCUAUCGCCGAGGGUUGCUUCAUUCUCCUCCAGAGGUCCGAGCCCCCUAUAUCCAGGCAUACUCAAGCCCGACAUAACUGCGCCAGGUGUCAGCAUCUUAGCAGCUGUUCGUGGCUCCUAUGUGUUAUUUUCUGGUACAUCCAUGGCAUGUCCACAUGUCUCUGCGGUGACCGCACUGCUUAAGUCGAUUCACCCUGAUUGGUCACCUGCUAUGAUCAAGUCUGCAAUUGUCACCACAGCAUCAGUGUCCGAUGGUUUUGGUGCGCCAAUCGAAGCAGAGACGGUCCCGAGGAAGGUGGCUGAUCCUUUCGACUUUGGUGGUGGCCACAUAGACCCAGACAGAGCCAGUGACCCUGGCUUGGUCUACAACGUGGAUGCAAGAGAGUACAACAAGUUUUUUAACUGCGCCAUAGGAUUGUUACAUGGUUGCGAAUCCUACCAACUCAAUCUCAAUCUCCCGUCGAUCGCUAUUCCGGACCUCAAGGACCAUGUCACGGUUCAACGCACUAUCACAAAUGUGGGGGCGGUCGGAACGACUUAUCAUGCGGUGCUUGAAGCUCCAGCAGGGGUGGUCAUGUCCGUGGAGCCAUCAAUGAUCACAUUCGCCAAAGGUAGUAGCACAAGCAUGACAUUUAGGGUGUCGUUUACUACAAGGCGGAGAGUGCAAGGCGGGUUUACCUUUGGGAGCUUGACAUGGUCAGAUGGAAAUACCCACUCGGUUAGGAUUCCUGUCGCGGUAAGAACUGUGAUACAAGACUUUGUUGCGGAUACAUCUUAA